AUGGGAAUUUGGUCGCGGAUAAAUGCUCGGACCUUCCGUCGUCGCAAGAGUACGGUAUCUCAAGCCUCGCAGACAGCAGACAGACGUUCAGAUGAAGAAGAUGAAUUCUGUGAAGCAAGGGCUUUCUUUUCUAAUGACGUCAUCAAUCAGACUAUUGAUGAAACAAUGAGAGAAUUGUUGAUGGAGGCAUCCCAAAUGGAAAGAAAAGAGGAGGAGGAACCUGGUACUGAAAGGGAAGAAACGGCGAUUGAAAAGGAAGAGGAGAAGGAGAGCAAAUCCGAGGAACAAGUUGAAAUAGAAGGAAAAGUGGAAGAAGUUGAGGUCAGAACAGCGAGAGAAACAUCUCCUAUCAAACGAAGGAAUUCCAGACAGCAGUUACAACUGCCAAUCCAGGCUCCACUCCCCAAUCAGAGGGCUGUAAGAAUAAGAUCCAGAUCUCGAGCUAGAACUGUUGGUGGAUUAAGACAACUUCUCAAGUUGAAGGGUGACAGUGAUAAUAUAUCUUUUUCUUUUUAGUCCAGUAUUUAUGAUAAUCAUGAUUCUAAUUUUCAGACGAUGAAUUCGGUGAGGUCAAAAAGACAACGGCCACCUCAAAACUUCCUCCUAUUCCACCUUUUGUUCUGAGAAAGCCUAAGGCAAACGAAGCGUAUAGUCGAAAGACUGCUGCCGAUCCACCCCCAGCUUCUGGGACGUCCCAGAGCCUACCGACUGAAGUCAAAGCGCCACCACCACCACCUUUACCGGAUUUCUUGAAGUCAACCAGAUCUGUAAGAAACGAACCAAAGCCGGAGAAGAUCCCCCAAGCACCUCCUUUUCCUUGCAAUUUGCUCACCCCCAUCGUUGUAAAAAACGGGCCUCAACUACCGGCAACUCCAUUGACGCAUGUGGACUCUUCUCCCGGAGUUUCAACUCCAAGAAAUUCCCUGCCUCCGGUCGCCCCUCCGCCACCACCUCUGCCUUUCUUGAAUUCCACUUGCUCUUCUUCGAAUAAUGCAAUGUUGCGCAAUACGUUGCCCCGACAGAAUUCAUUUGCAAUUCCUUCCCCAACCCGGCCUACAAUCCAUGUUUGGGGAUCGUUUUUGAACAAAACUUCAGGUAAUCUUGUGUUGUAUGACUGAGAGUUCUAAUCUUAUUUUAGACUCAACUAGACAGACCAUUUGGGAAGAGUUCGAACCGCAGACAAGUAAUGAGGAAGUCUUCAAGCAAGUCGAAAAAACGUUUGCCGAGAAGGCCAAGACUACAAGGCUGCCGAAUCCCUUCAAAAAGAAACCAAAAUCUGAAAAAAUACUUGGCCUCAGAAUCCGCAACACCUUCCUUUUGUCUCUAGCUGUCAACAAGUAAGAUGAUAUUUAUUCUACCGUAAUCCUAGCUUCAAAUGUCCAAAGUCUGAAUUAGUCCGUCGGAUUGACAACGCCGAAUAUAAAGCAGGAGCCAUCCAUUUCUGGAAGAGUUUGAGAGAAAGUUUUCCAAAUGCCGACGAAUUGGAUCAGUUCAAGCAAUUGUCAACGCCUGCGGGCUUGGACGAUGCUUAUGAAUUCUGCUUCUUCGCUUGUAAGGUACCGAAUAUUGGACAGAAAGUACAGUGUGUUCAUCAACUCUCUCAGAUUCAAGAAAAGGUAAGGCGUAAAUCUUCAAAAAACAAAUGCCAACAUCUAUAAUUAAGAUUGGAGAGCUGGGAGAGCUCACGAAGAAGAUUGAAUUCAUUAUCGAAACUGCCAAGGCGUUGGAAAGCAAUGAGGAAUCGUUGAAGAAGAUGAUGUUUUCCACUCUCACGUUCAUCAACUUUCUCAACAAAGGCACAGCAAAUGAAUCUUCUCCAGGUUUUCAACUUGGAUCUCUGGUUAAAUUCCUCCAACUUAAAGGCGAUGGAAAGUCUUUAGCUUGGUUUGUGGGUGAAGAGAACUCUGACCUUUAUUCUAAGAUUCCAAUGCUGAUCGAGCCAUUGAAGAAAUCAGAGUAAGUCGAUGUUACGUCACGAUUCAUGACAUUGUUAUGUAUAGAAGUAUCGACCUGAGUUCCAUCAAAGAUGAAGUCCAUGAGAAUCGGGAGAUGGUCCGAAUCCUCAGAGAACUGAUUUCUGUAUGGAAGGAGACACCAACUUAUACCAAAUGUUUGGAGCACAUCAAGGCAUGUUCUUUUAGACCUUCCUAUUGUCAAUUCAGGCCUUUGAACAUGAAAUCAAUGACGUCGCAAGUUCGCUGAAGGCCGUGGGAGAGAUUGAGAAUAUGCUGAAAACCAAGUAUUGCGCCAAGCAGAGCACUCUCAACGACAUAUUCAAACAAUUCCAUGACGCUUUUCAAUUAAUUUCGAAAGAAAAACAUUGA